CGCAGGCGCUGCGGGCUCAGCUCCCAUGCGGGCGCAGCUCUGGUUGGAGGCUGGGACACGGCUCUGGCAGUGGCUUCUGGAUGGAGCGAUGACUGGACGGUAACUUCCAGGUCUGCAGACAAGAGAAGAUGAAGGAAGAGUGUCCAUCCAGCUCUCACGUGCCCAUCAGUGACAGCAAGUCUAUCCUUAAGUCGGAGCUCUUGAGCCUGCUGAAAACCUACAACUGCUACCAUGAGGGCAGAAGCUUCCAGCUGAGGCACCGAGAGGAGGAAGGGGCUCUGAUCAUCGAGGGACUCCUCAACAUCGCCUGGGGACUCAGACGGCCCAUUCGACUCCAGAUGCAAGAUGACCGGGAGCGAGUGCACCUCCCCUCAGCUUCGUGGACACCUGGACAGCCCAGCUGCCCACUAAAGGAACCACCUCCCCAGGACAGCAAAGUCACUACUGAGGAACCAAGCACUCAGACUGUGCCCAAAGCUGAGAGUUCCAGAGAUGGCUCAGGGUCCCUGGAGGAAGAGGAGGAAGUACCACAGUUGAUGAGGACCAAGAGUGAUGCCAGCUGUAUGAUCCAGAGGAGGCCCAAGUGCCGUGCACCUGGCGAGGCCCAGCGGAUCCGCCGACACCGAUUCUCCAUCAAUGGGCACUUUUAUAAUCACAAGACCUCUGUGUUCACUCCUGCCUAUGGAUCCGUGACCAACGUGAGGGUCAACAGCACCAUGACCACUCUGCAGGUGCUCACCCUGCUGCUGAACAAGUUCAGAGUGGAAGAUGGCCCUGGUGAGUUUGCACUCUACAUCGUCCAUGAGUCUGGGGAGAGGACAAAAUUAAAAGACAGCGAGUAUCCACUGAUUUCCAGAAUCCUGCAUGGACCCUGUGAGAAGAUCGUCAAGAUCUUCCUGAUGGAAGCUGACUUGGGCGAGGAAGUCCCCCACGAUGUCGCUCAGUACAUUAAGUUUGAAAUGCCGGUGCUGGACAGUUUUGUUGAAAAAUUAAAAGAAGAGGAGGAAAGAGAAAUAAUCAAACUAACCACGAAGUUCCAAGCCCUGCGUCUGACAAUGCUGCAACGCCUAGAGCAGCUGGUGGAGGCCAAAUAGCAAGCCAGCACAUGUCUCUUCUAACACCCAUUGCAGCAAGUGCACAUGGAGUCCCAGCAGCCAGGCCUUGACUGGUCACACUGAUUAAUGGCUGCCUAAGGAAUCUAGUGCCUGUGUUUUUAACCUGUCUGAAGUCUAAGCAUUGUGAGUCCUGCAUUCCUAUCCUUGGCUCCAUAGUGAGCACACACAGGAAGCAGACCCAGGCCCCAGGAGCCAGGAACUUGCCAAUUGUAUUCUGCUUGGCAGGCUAGCCUUGAAGUGAUUGGCACCGAAACUGUGCCAAUGGCUGUGUCUCCUGCUGAAUAGUAUCUGACUAGCCCCUGGGGUGUAGGCUUCAUCCAUUUGCCUAGUACCUGGCUUAGAGUUCCAGUAGGGCCACCAAGCACUGUCCUCAUUCUCCAUGUGCACCACGAGAUCCCUGUCUAUCCCAUAUCAUACUGCUACUUGGUUACUCUACUGGGGAAAGCAGGCGCUGCCAGAAGUUAUGGGAUGUACCCUGUUUCCAGCUAUCACUUUAUCACAAUAUCCCAGGCUUCUAAACCUCUUUGCACAGCCCAGCACCUCUACUGCAAAGCCUAAAUCAGGAAUAAAACCAUGGGGAACCCAUCUGCUUUUUGCAGAGAUCAUUCUUCUGAACAAAGCCCAAAGGAAUUAUUAAAAGAAGCUUGCUGAAAGAAAUUCACCAAUUUAAUCACGUUGGGGAGGUGGCUUCUAUGGCAUUGAAUGGACACUGCUGGCAGUGGCUUAAGAAGGCAGUGCUUGGCCCUCAUCACCACUGUCCUGUGGACACCUAUCUGCCUCGUGCCUUCUCUGGACAUGUGUACUUCCUAUUUAGUGGACAGGGGGCAACUGUAAACACUUCCCUGUGUGGUAAUGAGGAGAAAGGUCUGUUUGAGGGAGAAAGGGCUUUAAAUUCCCUGGGGCCAGAUACUGAGCAAUUGGUGUUUGUUGACUAUUGGAGAAUUUUUGGAGUGAAUGAGAAAUGCUUUGCAAAAACUGUAACAGUUUACAUCAGCCAUGUUGGUCUAAAACAGAAGAUCAAAUUCUUCUGCUGGGGUCUGUGAAUGGCAGAUUUAAAAGGAAGAACCAUACAGACUUGCAUACAGACCCCUUAUGGGAUCCCCCAAAGAGCAGAACAUGGAAACAAUCAGGCAGUUUGGAGUCACUUGUCAGAGUAAACUUCAUACCAGAUUGCCCUCACCCAGAUCUGUCACCAUAGAGACUCAAAGAUUCCAGGGGAGGUCUGACAGCAGUUCUCUUGUCUUUUUUUUUUUUUUUUUUUUUGAUUGGCGUAUAUUUUCUUAGGUGCUCAAUAAAGGUAUGCUGUAUUAAACUGAAGAAAUGAA